CUGACCAUUCAAAAAUCUAGCAGCACCACUAAUAUCAUUGGAAGCUCUCAAGCAAAACUUUUCUUUUAGCUGAACUUGGGAUCUAUCUGCUUCCAGCACCAAAACUAUCAAUCGAAAAAUGAAAAAAAUUUCUUUCUUAUUCUCUCUUAUGCUUUUGACGACUCUCCUGCAUGAAGCUCAAGGACUGAAAAGUAGAAAACUUCUAACAGAAACAGCCAACUCCAGUUCCACUUCUGCUUCGAAGAAUCACCAGGAGAUUGAAGGAAAUUUGAAUGGCAUGAAAGUUAAUGGGGAAAUGAAUACUAGUGCUACCACUAAACAAAUUGAAGGCCAUGGAAAACAAGAAAAUUUCUCAGUGAAGUCAUCACCAGUUCAAGUAGAGGCUGCCCCAAAACACUAUCCAGAUGUGCUGGACAUAGCAGGAAUGGAUUAUUCUCCUGCAAGAAGAAAAUCUCCGAUACACAACUGAUCCGAGUUUAGUCAUAUAUCAUAUACUAAUUCUGGAUGAAGCUGAAAAAGUUGAGAAAAUUAUACUCCUACUAGCUAGCAGUUGGCAGAAACCAUGCAUCAUGUUAUGAUUAGGAUGGCUUUGUAUAUAGUAUACUAUUUUGUUAUAAUAGUAGCUUGCUUGGCUACUUUAUAAAUAACUAGCUUGAUAGU